AUGGCUACGACAGGUUUUAUUUUAUUGAAAAAUAUUUUAAAAAAAAGAACGUUUUUAAAGAUGAGAAGGCGGCAAAAAAGAGUGAAAAGCUAUAAAAAGAGGCUGAAGGUUCAAACUGCCGCCGCUAUUUGUUUCUCACAGCGCAAUUAACGCAGGACAGGAGGAACAACAUCGGCGGCAGUAAGGUAAGGGCUUACACCUGUCGACGCAAAUACAGGAGCGGCGGCAUUUGUUCCAAAGGCCAAAAGAAAGCUGCUGCUUUACCUUUUCUUGUCGGCUCUCACAAAUCAAUCAAAAAAAUUUUCGUGCUGGUCAAAUAAACUGACUUGUUAACAGAAAAAGUCAUUUGCGUCCAAAAGUCGAAGUGAUCCUUCAUUUUAAAGAGCAGAAUAUAUUCUUGAACCGUCGGUGAAAAAAAAAAGUUGAAGCCGUUAUUUCAAACGGAAGAUGCGAAAUUAAUAUAUAGAACGUUUUUUUUUAAACUUCUGACCAGAUUUUAAUGAAUUUGCUACCUUUGGGAACAAUGGAGAUAGGUUUUCAGUCAAAUUUUAUGGCAAAAUUUUAAACCUCAGAACAAAAAUUGUUUCAAAUCCGCUCAAAAUCGACAGAAUUCAAACCGAAAAAUGAAAUAUUUGCCCUUCCAACUGUCAUCUGUCAGCGACACACUCAACCAGCUUAGGCAACUCGAAAAGGCAGAUGUUUCAGAGGCCGAAAUCCAUUUAUAUGGUAGCGGCAAAAGGAUUUUCGCUCCCGGGUGGGCUCGAACCACCAACCUUUCGGUUAACAGCCGAACGCGCUGCCUAUUGCGCCACGGAAGCACGUGAGUGGUAAAAGAAGCCAAGAGCCUUAUCUUAUCACGUUUAUAAGGCUUCUUGUCGUGAUAAAGAAAUGUGAAGAGCACGAAAUUGAGAUUGGAACUCCAUUCACCACUUGGUCGUUGUUGAAUUGUCUCAAGCAAACGGUGAAUAAACUUUGAGAGCCAAAAGUUCGAAAUGCAAAACUUCUGAAAACUUCAAAGAAGAAUCCGACGAGGUUAAUAGAAAGCGGAAAGAGCGGUUUCGACGCCGACAGAAGGCGUCCUGUCGGUCUGAGAACCGGCGAGAGACGAUGGGAAAAGAAGAGGUCGCAGACACUGAGCGAGGUCAAGCGAUCCCAGCGGUCAGCGGAGUCGCUUUGA